GUAAAAUAUAGCGGACAAGAUGGCCUUAGACUCUAUCUCAAUUGGCUUUACUGGUGUGUAAACAUUGGAGCUCUUAUAGCUAUUCUAGGCAUUACUUAUGUUCAACAGGUAGAUGGAUUCAAAAGUGGAUAUCUCAUACCUGUCUGCUUACUCACAGUUGCCACUAUAAUGUUUCUAGUUACUUAUCCCAUCUAUACUCACCAAUCUUCUUGUGGAAGUUCUAUUUCGAGAACUUUUUCUGUUUUGAAAGGUGCUUGGAAACUUAAUCGAAUACGCAAAAGAAAUGUUACAAUGGAAUCACAAACCAGUGUUGAAUCCAUAAACAGACCAACUUGGUUAGACAUGGCCAAAGUAAGGUAUGGUGGCAAGUUUCAUGAUUCGGUUGUUGAAGAUGUCAAAUCUCUUUCUGUGAUCAUCACUGUCUUUCUUUCACUUAUUCCAUAUUGGAUGCUGUAUUUUCAGAUGCAAACAACUUUUCUCGCUCAAGGUCUGCAAAUGAGGUUGAGCAUUUUGCCAGUCAAUUCUACUGCUGAUGUUAAAGAUGCAACUGAAUUUUCGAUUCCUGCUGCCUGGCUCAUGCUUUUCAAUGUGUUGUUUCUUAUAAUUUUUAUUCCAUUAAUGAACCAUGUGAUCUACCCAUGGUUGGACAGACGUGGUACUCAAAUAAGCAUACUGACAAGGAUGGCAAUUGGAAUGAUGUGUGCUACAUUAUCAAUGGUUAUUGCGGGUUGCUUAGAAAUCUGCAGAUUGCACUUCAUCCAUGAGGGACGAAUAGUUAAUCAAACUAUUGAAAACACAGUUUUUGUUGCUGCUGAUUUGCCUAUAAUGUGGCAAAUACCCCAAUAUUCCCUAAUCGGCAUUAGUGAAGUUUUUACUAGCGUUAGUGGCAUGGAAUUUGCCUGCUCGCAAGCUCCAACAACUAUGCAAGGUGCUGUGAUGGGCCUUUAUUACUUUUGCACUGGUAUAGGAAGUUUCCUUGGGGUUGCUGCCUUAACAUCAUUUGAAAAUAUUGAAGGCUUGUUUAUAGGUCAUCAUUCAAGUAACAUCAAUAAUGGAAAGUUAUAUUAUUACUUCUUCUUUCUGGCAUUAGUGCAGUUUGUAACACUCAUCAUUUUUUGCAUCAUUUCCAAGAAACUGAAAGUGAGGCGAAUGCCUUCUCCAAAUCCCAGUGUUGCUCGCCUCUUGGGAAAUAGCAGCACUAGCUCUUCCACUAGAAGCAGAACACGGUGAAUGCGAAUGUGACAUUCAAACUUGUGAUAUUUUUAAUCUUCAUUUCCCAACUCACUUAACCUCUUCGUUACCUCAGUUCUUACCUUUUAAAACAUGCUGUAAGAAAAUGUAUGGUUUCCUUUUCACUGAAACAUCCAUAUACGUUUAAGCUUUCUGGGGAUUCCAAUCGUUUCAGAACAUGUAGUUUGUUCUAAAAUAGGUGAUUUUUGAAAAAUGACGCUAAAUCAAUUUCGCUCGAAUGCAUAAAUAUUUUCAGAUUUUCUAUAAUUUAGUUAUUCUGAAAAUAAUUAUUUUUCUUUUGACUGAGAAGUUUUGUGAUCUAUAUGAGGCUUUUAAAUUUAUUCAAAAAUAGUACAGUCAACAAUAUGCAGGUGCAUAUGUGUAUCUUGGCACAUAUGGCAAAAUUUAUGAUUGUGUAGUAGUUGAGAGAAAUCUCAUAGUAUUGUGAGUAUUUAGUUUUAAAUCCAUUUAGAUAAUAUUUUUUUUAAUUGUUUUAUUUUAUAGUACAUACAUUCAAUAACUUUGAACUUGCAGUUUUUUUCUAUUAUGCUGAAAUUUUACCUCCAAGAAUUAAAUACAUUUUUAAUAAUUAAUAUUAGAUUCUUUUAAUAACUAUUUUGCCUGAUUCACAUAACAAAAAUAGUUUUGAAAUUGAGAUUUAAUGCAGUAUUGCAUUGUAUUCUGCUCAAACUUUAUACAUAUAUAUUUUUUUUCCUAAAUAAUUGUUAAAUCUAUUUAUUAUUGUAUUCGACUUCAGAUUAGCCCGAGAUCCUCAUGUGUGUACCAAAAAUUAUUAGACCCCUUGGUAGUAUAAUUUAUAUUUUAUUUAUCUUAUUAUGACUUGCGGUAGUAAAAGUUGGGAGCUGUAAAAUAUUUUUUUACUUUAUACCUUUAUAUUUCAGUAGUGAAGGGGUUAAUCUACUGAAUCUUAUAAGAUAUUAUCUUCUAGUUUUAUGUUUAUUAUUUGCAUAAUUAGUUAUCGAAAAUGUUAGUAGAGUGUUUUUUUUUUCAUCUUGUAUUGUUAACAUUAGUCAACAAUUAUAAUAGAUGUAUAAAUAUGAUCCAGCAGUAAUGCAAAGUAGAGAAAAAACAUUAUUCAAUUUUAUUUUAUUUUUUAAAUUUGAAAAUCUUUCUCAAAAAAGUAGUAUCUUUGGAUCAUAUUGAUAAAUUUUUUACAAUAUAUUGGAAAUAUUUGAUUAAAGAAUAUGCUAACUUUUAAAAAGAAGUAAUCCUAUGUAGAGGUAUAGUUUUGAGUUGUUUAGUUUCUUUUAAAAUUAGAGACUGAUUUUUAAACAUCUAUUCUAAUUGUGAGAGCUAUAACUAUAUUCUGUGAUACUCUGUUCAUAUUAAAAUUAAAGUCAAAAGACUAGGAUAAGUUUUCCUGUUCAAUAGGCACAACUGUAAUUCAUCUUAUUAAAAUUUAUUUCACUUAAAAAGGAAAAAAUUGUUUUUAUUUCUAGUUAAUCAUACUUUUGAAUGCAGGUGAGGCAAUAUUUUGCUAAUGUUGAGUAGCAACAUGUUACUAAAUCAUCAAAAAUUAUUAUCACUGUUGCCCCCACUUAACAGUGUAAUUCAUUUCCACAAUAUCCUUUCAUUAUCGCUAUUGACAACAUGCUAAAAAUGUUCUUAUCAAGAAAUUUUCUUUUUAUCAAAAUAUAUUCUUUUACAGGGUGCGUAGCGUUUUUUAAAGGUGCUUAUUUUCGUUUUUUAAAAGCCCUUAAAGGUGCUUUUUUCCACAGGUGUUUUUAAAAAGUGCUUAAUUUUCCCUUUUCCGAAAUGUGAUAUUUUUCUUUGCCAUGUUGAUUUUCGCCACAAAUUAUGCAAAAAGACAUUGUCCUAUUCAACGUUUUCCCAAUUAAUUCAACCCCAAUCUAUUUCGUCUGUAGUGUAUGAAAACACCAUUUGUUUUGCAUGUUUGAUGAAAUACUUGCGUAUACUGAGCUGGAUUCAGUGGUAAGGAUUUUUGACUCUCAUGUGUAACCCUGCUGCAUUUUGCAAGAGAUUCUCAAUUUCAGUCUUCAUUUUAUGCCCUGUCUAAAGUGCUUGAAAAGUGCUUAUUUUUUGUUGAAAAAUUUGGCUGCGUACCCUGUUUUAUGUUCAGGACAUAUAUUAUAGACAUUUAAAGGACAUCCAGGAGCGAUGAUUGGGAAGUUGCUAUGACCCCCCAAGCAUUUUUACUAUUCAACAAAUUCAGUUGGCCAUUUGGUAUAUUUACGAAAAUUCAUUUUAUCUUACUUUAAUUUAGAAAACGCAAAUGAAAUUAUGAAUGACACGUUUUACUUUGUUUAAAUUUCUUUUUUAUUUGCAGUACUGAAAUAAUAUUAGGUGCACCUCAACUCAAAAUAUAUAAAUAACUGUUUUCAAUCAAAUUAGUGCUGGUUUCUACUUAGUAUGUUUUGUUUUCUUUUUUAAAUCAUAUAAUGAAAGUUAUAGUUAAUGAAAUUUUUAAGCUAUUUUUAUAUAGCUGGCUAUUUUUUAUUUUAUUUCAGCCACGCAAAAAUGUUUCUCAACAAAAUUGAAGGUUUUAUAUUUGCUUUUGAACUUAAUAACUUUGAUUUACAUUAAUUUAUAAUAAUUCAAAUGUAUUAAAAAAAACUGAAUUGAAGGUUUUAUAUUUUCUUUUGAACUUAAUAACUUUGAUUUACAUUAAUUUAUAAUAAUUCAAAUGUAUUAAAAAAAACUGAUCUUUUCAUUUGACCAUAUUUUUAAAUGUUAAUUAAAUUCUAUUUAUUUAAAUUAUUUCAUUGUCAUAUGUCAGUAAAUAUUGUCAAUGAAAUCCUGUAAAUAUGCCAUAACUAAAAUUCGCUUUGGUAUUACUAAACUUAAUGGCUGUUUUGAAUAAAAUUAGUACUGGUUUCUACGUAGUAUGUAUUUAAAAUAAAAAUCAUAUGAAAGUUAUAGUUAAUGAAAUUUUUAAAUAAUUGCCAACUUUUUUAUUUCAGCUUAGCACAAAUUUCCAGCAAAGCAAAAUUCAAAGUCUAAUAUCUUUGAUUUUAAUCCAUUUAAUAGUUUUAAUGUAUCCCUAUUAUCGUUGGACUAUGUUUUCAAAUGUUAGUUAAAUUACGUUUAAUUAUUUUACUCCCAUUUAUCAGUGAAUAUUGUCAAUGAAAUCCUGUAAAUAUGUCCCAAAAUUUAAUUUAGAAUAAAAUUUAAUUUAGAAUAGCCCAACUCAUCUUAAAAUAUGAAGAUUGUUUUUAUUAAAAUUAGUGUUAUUUUGUUGAAAGUAUGUAUUUUUUGUCUUCACUUUUUAAGUCUAUGUAAGUUACAGUUAUAAGAUUUAUAAAGUAUUUUAUUUAGUUGCCAACUUUUCUAUUUCAGCUGCAAAAAAAACUUUUUCCAGCAAAAUUCCAAUUUUAAAAUUUACAUUUGGUUUCAUUACUUAAUUUAUAAUUAUUUUUUUUAAAUUAAAAUGUAUAAAAAAAAGCCAUUUAUCUUUUCCAUUCAACUGAGUUUUCAAAUGUUUGUUAAUUCUGUUAAUUUAAGACAUUGCCUUGCCAUUUUUAAUAUUUUAGAAAAAUGCUAUGGUUAAAGUUGAUAAGUUGGCAACUAUGCCAAUGCUUUUUAAUUUAUAACAUAUUGUAUUAGUCUUUUAAAUAUUUAACUCUUCAAUUCAUUGUGUUCCUUUUCUUUAUACAUUUUCAUUAUUUGUUCAUGUUUAUUCGAACAUAUCCAUUGUGCUUAUUUCUAUUAAGUUACUUUUAAGAACAAGUUGUAAAUAUAUGCUUACAAAAAGUAUCUCCAGCUAUGCAAUUUAUACUUCAAAUAUUAUUGCUAUUAUUUCCAUAGCCUUACUUGAUUUAUGUAGAAUUCAUAAAUUGUGCCUUAUUGCUUGCUUUUCAUUCUGAAGUCAAAAUUGUUACUGUUUAUACUCUAUGCAAGUGGGUAGUAAUAGAUUAGUGCUGAUAGUAAGACAAAGUAAAAGAAAAACUGGCCUGUAGAUUGUUAUUCGAGGAUUAGACAGGAGCGCCUUCCUCAGUGCAGCAGCAAAGGAAUGAAAAUUUGAUCAUUAUGUUAAUUUUUACUUUGUUUUACUCUCACAUGCACUAAUUGUUUAUUGCUAGUAUUAAAUAUGUGUACUUAUGAUUGUUUUAAAAUAAAUAAAUUUGUAUCUUGAAAA